CACCCUAUCUCUUGUAUAUGAUAUAUUUGAUUGCUUUUUUUCAAACUCAGAUUCUAUUUACUUUAUUUUGUUUUAUUACUUUUUUAUGGCAAUUUUUUUGUGCUUGAUAUAUGUUAGAAGAAACUUUGUUUCAAUUGUUUAUAAGUGAUUCCAUUUUUUUUAUUUUUCUGGUUCAUAAGUGUUGUUUCUUCUUAUAAUAGAACUAUAGUUAUAUAUUAAAACAAUUCUGAGUUAUCACUCGAGGUGUAUUGGUGUUAUGAAAAUGCCUGUACCAAAAGGACCAUAAAAUUGUCCAGAAUACAAGAUUAACAUGAUUGGGCCAACAAUUGCAAAGGGAACACCACAUUCCACUUGGAUCUUGUACUAUGAAGUUGAAUGCAACAACUGAGAUGAUGCCAGUAACAUAGCCCAACUUCACUGAUAUUCACCCUUUUGCACCAACUGAACAGGCUCAAGGUUAUCAAGUAGCUACUUAGAUGUUUAAAUGGUUCUUUUUAAAUUCUUAUAAAUGAUCUUUGGCUUGAAAAUAUUUGAGAGAAGAGAUUUUUUAAUUUUAUUUUCUGUGUCUAAACAAUAAAAUUUGGUGUUAGGAAAUGUUCAACAAUUUGGGUGACUUGCUGUAUACCACCACCGGGUUUGACUCCUUCUCUUUGCAACCAAAUACUGGAGUUGCAGGAGAGUAUGCUGGGUUGAUGGUUAUUCGAGCAUAUCAUUUGCAUUAUAUCAGCAUUGCACUGGAAGAGGCCAUAGACGCUGCUGUUACCAAAAGAAACGACCUUGGUGAUGUGGGAUCCGGCAAAUUAGACAUGUGGGAAUCGGUAUCUGGUGUAGUUGUAGAAGAAGAACAAAACCAUGUGAUGGAGAGUAGCAGUAGAAACUGGAAUAACAAAAACGAAUGCAUGUUUCUUUGUUCAUAACGAAAAGCAAUUAAGGAGCUCAUAUUAUAGUGUAACUAGCAAGUGGAGUGCUGCUAUCUAACCUUUAUUUUGAUGAUCAUGCUCUCCAAAUGCACAUUCUUUAUUAUUUUAGCAAACCUUUGUUGAUUUCUUUUAGAAAGGGACUUUAUAUAUUUGAAAGAAUCUAUUUGAGCAUUCA